UUCCCCCCAUUCAGUCCUCUAUCGGUCCAGGUGGCAGAGCGCACUUCGACCGUGGGAUGCAGCCUCUCAUCUCCAACACAUGGACAGCGGAGCUUGGAGCUACCGCAGCGCGACACGGCUCCACUAGCUGAAGACACCACCUCUCAACGGCGGAAAGAAGAGACGACGCUCCCGCGUUUAACCCUUUGGACUUCAGAUAAAAGGAUAUACGUCUUCCCACUUGUUGUUUUUCUUAUCUUUUCUAACCGCAGGAGAGCAUAAACAGUUGUGUUCAAUGCGCAACCAUGCUCAUCAUCUCGUCCCGCAGCGCGCUGCUGUCCGUCUACUACCCACAGAUCUUCCUCAUCCUCACCAGCGGUAGCUACCUGGCGCUGUCCUCUGUGGUAGCUUUAGGCGCUAACAUCAUCUGCAACAAGAUACCGGGACUGGCCCCCCGUCAGAGAGCCCUCUGUCAGAGUCGCCCUGACGCCAUCAUCAUCAUUGGCGAAGGCGCCCAGCUGGGCAUCAAUGAGUGUCAGUACCAGUUCCGCUACGGCCGGUGGAACUGCUCAGCCCUGGGAGAGAGGACCGUCUUUGGCCAAGAGCUGAGAGUAGGCAGCAAGGAGGCAGCAUUCACUUAUGCCAUCACUGCAGCCGGAGUUGCCCACGCAGUGACCACAGCUUGUAGCCAAGGCAACCUCAGCCAGUGCGGCUGUGAUCGUGAGAAGCAGGGCUACCACGACCAAGAGGAGGGCUGGAAGUGGGGAGGCUGCUCAGCUGAUAUUAAGUACGGUGUGGAGUUCUCGCGACGCUUUGUAGACGCCCGGGAGAUCAAGAAAAACGCCCGCCGGCUGAUGAACCUGCACAACAAUGAGGCAGGGCGAAAGAUCCUAGAGGAGAGGAUGAAGCUGGAGUGUAAGUGUCACGGCGUGUCCGGUUCCUGCACCACUAAGACCUGCUGGAUCACCCUGCCAAAGUUCAGAGAGAUUGGUUAUCUGCUGAAGGAACGCUACAGCGGAGCAGUUCAAGUAGAGCCGGUCCGGGCCUCGCGCCUCCGCCAACCCUCCUUCCUACGACUCAAAGAGGCUCGGGGCUACCAGAAGCCCACGGACACAGACCUGGUGUACCUGGAGCGUUCGCCCAACUAUUGCGAGGAGGACACAGCCACAGGAAGCACAGGAACACGGGGAAGACUGUGCAACGGCACUUCAACACACACAACAGACAGUUGUAAUUUGAUGUGCUGCGGCCGGGGUUACAACACACACCACUACACACGCAUCUGGCAGUGCAACUGCAAGUUCCACUGGUGCUGUUUUGUCAAGUGCAACACGUGCAGUGAGAAAUCAGAAGUUUUCACCUGCAAGUAGGGAAUGAGGAAGCGGGACACUGUGGUUAAAGAUCAAAAGGUUAUGACAAAGUGGAAUUUGAAGUGAAGGACUUGGAAGUAUUUAUUCAACAAUUUGCACAUUUUUACAUCCUAUUUUGGAAUUCUAAAGAAAGAAAAAAAAAAAUAUUCGGAAGACAACAUCUUGCAACAUCUGUAAGAUGUAGCUUACAGAUGUCACGCACGAGAAGGAAAAACAAGGACUAUUGUUGGAUCUUGAGAAGACUUUUGUAACACAUUAACUGGAAAUGCUACGACAGCAAGGCGCUUCAGACUGUCAUGACAGAAGACGGGCUCCUGAUGACGAUUGAAAGAUGGCAGUGGAAUACUUUUAACUGUACGCUCACACUGUAUUCUGUUUGAACACUGAAAAUAAAAAAAAAUUAUUUAUGUUAAGACAUUUUUUAAACCUAGUCUUAUAGGACUGAUAGCAAACUCAAUUGCUCUUUAAGAUUUUUCCUCUCUUUUAUGAUCUUCAAUUGCUUCUGAUACAUUUCAAGCUGAAAAUAACAGAUUUUGAGUCACAUGGCCAUUAUCAAUCGUCAGUGGCUUAUUUCUCUAUGGAGGAGUUAUUUUUCUUUUGCACUCACGGUCACAUUUUUUUCUCUUUUUCAUGGGACAUCAGUAAGUUGUGUGGUUGAGUGCUGUGCUGACAUCUCUCUCAUGGACAAAUUCCCCUCUGAAACCAGACCCUUUGUUAAGCCAAGAGGCAAAGAGGCAGAAAAUACUCCCAAACUAUUUUAAGCAUCCAACUUGUCAGUUUGAACGGCACUUUCCAUCCUGACCGUGUUCAUUGUUUUGUUUUCGGAGGGCUCCUGACUUCUGAGAAAAGCAUGGAAGCCUCCAUAGAGGUGCAAUCAGGUUCAGAUACAUCCAACAUUCCCAUGAAUGGCAGAGACGUGGAAUUCCACAUGAUGGCCUCUGCUUACACAAGGCCUUCCAGCGCGGUUUAGGCCUGCCUGGGUGGAUGGCAUGUGCCCUAACAACACAGAGGGGGGUAUGAGAGGAUCAAAGGCCUCAAAGCUAUUUUUGGAAAGCAUCCUUAAUGUAUUCAGAAAUGUUUAUUUAGGCUUUAUAUAACUUACAAAACAAUUUGAAGAGUAUAUUUUUAUAUGAGGAACGUGGCACUUUAUGUCAUUUAUAGAUGGAAAAGAAAGUCACUAUUUACAAGUGUUUUCUAAUGUCAUUGUAUUCAGAUUUGAGAACUAUAAAUUAUUUGGAAUUUAUGUUUUUGAUCAAAGCCAAAUUGUAAAUACUCCACGUGUUUUAUCAAAGUAGCCCAGAUUGUUCAUCUCAUUCACAAUUCAACGUAGCUCAUAAAAGCAAGAAUGAUUCAUCAAGUGUUGGAAAGUCCAGGAAAUGUUGUGUAAACUGCUGUUAAGUAUUGGAGUAAAUUCAUGGAAUUGCGAGUAGAUAACACAUUGAAAGCGUCAGCAACCAACGAGUUUUGCAGCUUUACAUCAAAGAGAUUUCUGUGUUCCCAGUUGUCUACAUGGCUCUUUCAGUAACUAGGAUCCUCAUCACUCAUUGAUUCCUAAAAGCAUAGUUGUACCUAUAAAUACCACAGAACUGCCACAGACCAAAUACAAUAAUAAGGUCUGCAUCACUUACAAACAUGGACAGUUGUAUUUUUUCUUUUUUUUACCAAUAAAAUUUGAGCAUCCUUU